AUGCUCCUGCGGAAGUAUCUACUCGUUACGGAAUCUCAGGUGUCAAAGUGUGGAUUUCAUAUAGUAAAAAUAAAAAGGGACGUGCUAUAUCCGAAACGUACGAAAUAUACUAAAUAUCGUAAAGGCAGAUGUAGUAAGGGUUGCAAACCGGACGGUACACAACUUGGUUUUGGAAGAUAUGGGACUAAAAGUUGUAGAGCUGGUCGUCUUUCAUAUCGAGCCAUUGAAGCAGCGCGUCGGGCUACAAUCGGACAAUUCCAUCGUGCUAUGAGCGGACAAUUCCGAAGAAAUGGUAAGAUAUGGGUAAGAGUUCUCGCGGAUCUCCCUAUUACCGGGAAACCUACAGAAGUAAGAAUGGGAAGAGGAAAAGGAAAUCCUACGGGUUGGAUUGCUCGUGUGUCCACGGGACAAAUCCCAUUUGAAAUGGACGGUGUGAGUUUGUCAAAUGCUCGACAAGCCGCUACAUUAGCGGCGCAUAAACCAUGUUCGUCAACCAAGUUUGUUCAGUGGUCGUAA